AUGGCAAAUCUCCUCGCUCAAUUGUGGAAUGGCGGGCGAACUCAACCGUCGGAACGCUAUAUUUACGUUAACAAACCACUACCAGCCAGUCUAAAUAAUAACAAAGGACGUCCGUUACAGACAUUUGUUAGUAACAAAGUUACUACCUCAAAAUAUACCUUGCUUACAUUUAUACCAAAGAAUUUGUAUGAACAGUUUCGUCGAGUAGCAAAUUUCUUUUUCCUGUUGAUAGCAGUAUUACAAUUUUUUCCGGAAUUUGUUACGAUACAUCCAGUAGUGGCUGCCUUGCCUAUGAUUAUUAUCACUAGCAUAACAGCAUUCAAGGAUGGGUUUGAGGAUUUCAAGCGACAUGCUACCGACAAGACUCUAAAUAACCGGACGACCCAGACACUCGGCAACUGGGAGAACGUAAACAGCUUCGACUCUAGCAAGACUUUUUUUGGUUAUAUUAAAAGAUGCUUUGGUUUUGAUAGAACGGUUAGUGAUGGAAUAGAAGGGGCGCAUUGGAAAGACACAUUAUGGAAGGAUGUGCAAGUCGGAGAUUUUCUCAGGUUAAAAGAGGGCGACUUUAUCCCAGCUGAUUUAAUCAUUCUAUCUACGUCCGAGUCAAACUCUCUCUGUUACGUAGAGACAAAGAAUCUUGAUGGUGAAACUAAUCUCAAAAUACGACAGGCUGUGCCUGAAACAAGUGAUCUCCAAACACCAGAAGAUUGCGCAAAGGUCGAGUUUCAGGUUGAAUCAGAGCAUCCGAAGGCCGAUUUAAUCAAUCACAAUGCAAAGUUAAUAUGGUCUGAUAAACGCCAAACACCAAUUAAUCUAAACACAAUGCUAUUGAGGGGUUGCGUGUUGAAGAACACAGAGUGGGUUAUCGGCUUGGUGAUAUUUACUGGCAAAGACACAAAACUGGCCCUGAAUUCAGGGAAGACUCCUUCUAAGCGAAGUCAAAUUGAGAAGCAGAUGAAUAUACAAGUUUUGGUUAAUCUAGUGAUCGUUGCGAUGAUGUGUAUUGCAUGCGCCAUUGGAACGAAGCUCUGGGAACAAUAUUAUGCUGACCGUGGAGAUAUUGCUCCAUUUUUAGGAGCACAAACUCUAAAAGAAAACUCGACUUCCACUGAGGCUAUGAUCUCUUUCUGGAAUGGGUUGAUCACAUUCCAAAAUAUAGUACCGAUAUCUUUGUAUUUGUCUAUAGAGUUCAUAAAGUCAGUCCAAGCCUACUUCAUCUAUGCAGAUAACGAAAUGACAUACCAAGGGACAUCUACGAUUCCCAAAAACUGGAAUCUAUCGGAUGAUUUAGGUCAAAUUGAGUACAUUUUCUCAGACAAGACAGGAACGUUAACUAAAAAUGUAAUGGAAUUCCGCAAGUGCUCGAUAAACGGCAAAAAAUACGCUGGGGAUUCAAUCGACGACAGUCAAUCAACCUCGGAUCCAGUGUCAUCCAGCAGCAGUCAAGUCCCUUCAGAACCGUCAUCAUCCGAUAACUCGACAAAAAAGAAAAGAGAUUCCAAAAAUUCUAAAAAAAUUAACAAGAAACCAGAGACCAGACACUUUGGCGACAAGAAUCUUAUCGCAGAUUUAAACUCCGGUUAUUCAGAACACACAAGCAUGAUCGACGAAUUUUUCACGCUCCUAGCAAUAUGUCAUACUGUCUUAGUCAGCACUAAUGAAGAGGGAGAACAACAGUACAAAGCUCAGUCUCCAGAUGAAGCCGCCCUCGUAAAAGCUGCAAAGGAUGUAGGUUAUACCUUUGUAGCACGCGAUCUGAAUAAUAUUACAAUUGUCACUCCAGACGGAGAAAAGCAAUUCGAGUUGCUUAAUGUGUUGGAAUUUAACAGCACUCGUAAAAGAAUGAGUAUAAUUGUAAGAGAGCCCCAGCAUGGCAAAAUAAAGUUGUAUUGUAAAGGUGCGGACAAUAUAAUCUUUGAACGGCUUAAGCUAGGUCAAGAUUACAUGAUUACAGGAGAGCAUCUUCAAGAAUUUGCCAAUGAAGGUCUUCGAACAUUGUGUCUUGCCGUGAGGGAUAUUGAUGCUUCAUAUUACGAGGAGUGGAAUGCAGACUUUAAAGAAGCUAUCGUUUCUACGACCAACCGCGACUCUCGCGUUGCGGCCGUCUCUGAACGGAUAGAAAGGGAUCUAGUUCUUCUCGGUGCGACGGCAAUAGAGGAUCGUCUUCAAGAUGGGGUACCCGAAUGUAUUGCCACUCUGAAGCGUGCGGGAAUAAAGAUAUGGGUGCUGACAGGCGACAAAUUAGAAACAGCAAUUAGUAUUGGAUUCGCCACCUGUCUCUUAAGCCACGAUAUGAAUUUAAUUGUUAUUCGUGAAGGAUCCCGUGGUAAACCAAAUGAUAUAGGUGUAUAUGAACAGCUGCGUAAUGCUGCAGAUUUUUUCAGAGAUGAUCCUGAAAUACAGAAAAACUUGGAAGAAAUGGAAGCACCAGAAUCAGCUGAAUCUACCGGUACACCGCGUCCAUCUUUGUCAAAUUACCGGUCUACGAGUAUGGGGGCAGAUUCUCUUUUCUCCAUGCCUACUAGCCCGCGUACUGGUGGAUAUGCUCUUGUAAUCGAUGGAGUUGCACUAAAGCACGCAUUAGAGAAAUGGAGACCCUUAUUAUUAAACUUGGCAUGCAAAUGUAAAGGUGUUGUAUGUUGUCGAGUAUCUCCUUUACAGAAAGCCGAGGUAGUGAAGUUGGUGAAGCAUGGUAAGGAUGUGUUGACCUGUGCCAUUGGAGAUGGAGCAAACGAUGUCAGUAUGAUACAGGCUGCUCACGUAGGAAUUGGCGUUGUUGGUGAAGAAGGUCUGCAAGCGGUAAUGUCGUCUGACUACGCGAUAGCACAAUUUCGUUUCCUCACUCGACUAUUACUUGUACACGGACACUACGCAUACAUCAGGAACUCGUCGAUGAUUGUAAACUUUUUUUAUAAGAAUAUGAUAGGCGUCGGAGUACUCUUCUGGUUUCAAUUCUUUUGCGGAUAUACAACAACGACAAUAUUUGAGUUCACGUACAUCCUAUUCUGGAAUCUGUUUUUCACCUCAACACCAAUCUUUGCUAUCGGUAUAUUUGAUCGCGAUGUUCCCGAUAGAGUUGCUGUCCAAGUUCCUGAGUUAUAUAGAUGGGGAAUGGAGGAGAAAUCCUUCACGUUGGCUAGAUUCAUUAUGUAUAUGCUAGACAGUGUAUAUCAGUCAUUGAUAUGCUUCUUCGUGCCAUACUUUGCCUAUCGAUUAGGCAGUGUAAAUACUUAUGGUCGUCAACCUGAUCUCUUGGAGAUGGGUACGACAAUGGCAGUUGCAUGUGUCACCCAGGCUAAUUUAUUCGUCGGAUUCAAUUUUAAGAAUUGGACUGUACCUCAUCUUAUUACAGUGUGGGGAUCCAUUGCUCUGAUGUAUGUGUAUGUUGCGAUAUAUAGUCUUCUACCAUUCUCAUUGGUGUAUGGAUAUGAUCAAGUUGUAUACGGCGGAGCAACAUUUUGGGCUUGCAUAAUGCUGAUAAUAGUAAUGGCGUUCCUUCCUCGAUACGUAUACAGAUACUAUCAAAGGACAUGUUAUCCAAGAGAUGUGGACAUUAUCAGGGAAUUGGUCAAGAUUGAGCCACCAAACCAUAACUUUUCGAAUGAUUCUCGAGUGAACCCGACUCUCAACAUGACCAGAAGCCCUACAUCUGAUACAAUAAUAUCGUCUCUACGGCCACCACAAUCUGACAGCAUCACAUUUACACCUCGUCCCAGUUUUACAACUGAUCGUACGAUGCAGAAUCUGUCAUUGACACCAGAUUCUCCCAUACAAUCCGAAUUUCCUGUACAGGAUAUACAGGAAGGAUCUUGUAUGGUGGCCAAUAUGCAGACGGGGGAAGUAAUUACAAUGCGUGGCUAUGCAUUUGCACAGGAGGCUGGCACUGGACGCAUGAUUAUGGGUACACUACGGCGUAGAAAAACUAAUCCGGCACUCGCUACUCGAGAAACCGUAGUUAAGCCAAGCCAAUUGCGACGUAGGAGUUUGCCUGAUGUUAGAGCAUCAAAAGACAUGACAGAUGUUUCAGAUGUCUCAGAUGUCGAGAAAAUACGGAUGGUGACGUUUACCGAGUCUGCAACAAGUAGUACUACCGCGACUGCAUACUCGUCACGUAGACAAAGUGAAUUGGCGAGUGAAUCAUUAUCCUUGGAGGAAUUAUCUGGUGCUCAAUCCGAAACGACUGGUGUCACAGAACGGAGUGGAAUAGUUAAUAACGUCGAUAUCGAAGCUAGAGUUCUUAAUAGUGUUGUUGAAAAUAUAAGUAAUGAAGAUAAUGUUCUUAUCGAGGUGGUUGAUGGGACUAGCAAUGACGAUGAUAUUUCUAGCCGAACAAUGGAAGACGGAAAUAAUGCCGUCAACCGAGAGUCUAAUGUGUAA